AUGAGCAGCGGGGCGGGGGGCGCGACCGGGGACGGGAACGGGGCCGAGAGCGGGGCCGAGCGGCGGGUCCGCAUCGUGGUGGAGUACUGCUUCGAGGCCACGUACCAGGAGCUGGCGAGCGCCGUGCGGGACGAGUACCCCGACAUCGAGAUCGAGUCACGGCUGGGGGGCACCGGUGCCUUUGAGAUCGAGAUCAACGGGCAGCUCGUCUUCUCCAAGCUGGAGAACGGGGGCUUUCCCUACGAGAAGGACCUGAUCGAGGCCAUCCGCAGAGCCCGAAAUGGGGAGCCCCUGGAGAAAAUCACCAACAGCCGCCCCCCCUGCGUCAUCCUGUAACCCCCCGGGGCCGGCGGGGUCCCCCCGCGCCGCCUUCCUUCAAUCCCUGCACGACUGGGGGGCAGCUCAGGAGCCUCCUGGGGACCCCCAUCCUGGCACUGGGGGUCACCCUGUCCCCUGCUGACCUGCUGUGGGGUGUAGCCGUGGCCUGGGGGGGCUCUCCCUCCUGCCUUUGCCUUCCCCCCUCAUCAGCUGCACCUCGCUGGGGGGCACAAGGGGGUCCCCGUGGCACCCUCAUCUCUCUCUGCUGGCCUCUCCCCUCCCUCACCCCCUGGGCAUCUGGGGGUCUCCCAUGAACGGGGAGCCAGGCAGGAGCAGCUCCCAGCAGGUUCAUUCCAAGGGGAACCCGCUGGCUGUAACUUCCCUGGGAUUUGUUAAUGAUUAAAGUCCCUCUGUCACUGUUUAAUCCGGGGCAGGGGCCGGCCAUGGGAGCCCCAGCCCAGCCCCACGGCCACAGGUGUGUUCACAUUCCCCCCUCCCCAUUCCCAGGCUCCCAGCUCCUGCUUCCUGCCUGGAAUGAGCCUGCCCUUGGCCUCGGGGCAAGGGGGCCCCCCUAUUUAUUCUAUACUGUGUAUAAACCCAACGGCCUGGGCGGAAUAAAGGAUGGAGAACGUGG